GACCUGAAGAACUCCCGCAGGCGCAUGCACGGGUCCCUGUCCUCGCUGCCUUCGUCGAUCAUGUCCUCGCGCCCCGGCAGAGACAAGCGGCGCGUUAUAGACGACAGGGUGAGGAAAGGCGGGAGAGAUAACGGAAAGUCUAUUCACAAGCGAUUCCAACGCCUGGAGAGUCACGUGGUCACCCUGGCCCGCAGUGUUGCCCACCUGAGCUCAGAAAUGCGGACGCAGCACCUCAUGUUCCAGGAAAUCGAGAGCAUCCGCGGCGAGGUAGCAGCUCUCAGGACCGGCGGCGUAGGAGGCGCAGGAGGAGGCGGAGGAGGAGGAGCAGGAGGAGGAGGAGUGAGCGCGGGCCGAGGAGCUGCACACGUGUCCUGGGAGUCCUUCAGAGCGGGGAUUCCUGGCCUCUCCAACCCUGGCAGAGUCAAGAAGCUCACGCAGUUCUUCGGGGACGAGCCGCCCCUCGUCCGCAUAUUCCUGAGGAAGCUCGGCUACGAGAAAUACGCCGGCCUAUUUGAACAGGAGAAGAUCGGGAUGCUGGAGCUCCCUUAUCUCACGGAGGAGAGGCUGCAGAAGAUCGGCAUCCCCAUGGGCCCACGUCUGCGCAUCCUGCAGGAAGCCCAAGGACCUAUACGAAAAGAAGGGAACUUAAGUGUAUAUGUGGUGUAGAAAAGGGUCAUGUUGUGUUGUAAAAGAU